GCCCUGCGCAGACUCAGUUCCUGGAGAAAGAUGGCGACGGCCGAGAAGCAGAAGCACGACGGGCGGGUGAAGAUCGGUCACUACAUCCUGGGGGACACGCUGGGCGUCGGCACCUUCGGGAAAGUGAAGGUGGGCAAGCAUGAAUUGACCGGCCACAAAGUCGCUGUGAAGAUACUCAACCGGCAGAAGAUCCGAAGCCUUGAUGUGGUUGGAAAGAUCCGUAGAGAGAUUCAGAACCUGAAGCUUUUCAGGCACCCCCACAUAAUCAAACUGUACCAGGUCAUCAGUACACCAUCUGAUAUUUUCAUGGUGAUGGAAUAUGUCUCAGGAGGAGAGCUAUUUGAUUAUAUCUGUAAAAAUGGAAGGUUGGAUGAAAAGGAAAGCCGACGUCUGUUCCAACAGAUCCUUUCUGGUGUGGAUUAUUGUCACAGGCAUAUGGUGGUCCACAGAGAUUUGAAACCUGAAAACGUCCUGCUUGAUGCACACAUGAAUGCAAAGAUAGCUGACUUUGGUCUUUCAAACAUGAUGUCAGAUGGUGAAUUUUUAAGAACAAGCUGUGGCUCACCCAAUUAUGCUGCACCAGAAGUAAUUUCAGGAAGACUGUAUGCAGGCCCCGAGGUGGACAUCUGGAGCAGUGGGGUCAUCCUCUAUGCUCUGCUGUGUGGAACCCUCCCCUUUGAUGAUGACCAUGUGCCAACUCUUUUUAAGAAGAUAUGUGAUGGGAUUUUUUAUACCCCUCAGUAUUUAAAUCCCUCUGUAAUCAGCCUUUUGAAGCAUAUGUUGCAGGUAGAUCCCAUGAAGAGGGCUACAAUAAAAGACAUCAGGGAACAUGAAUGGUUUAAACAGGACCUUCCAAAAUACCUCUUUCCUGAGGAUCCAUCAUAUAGUUCAACCAUGAUUGAUGAUGAGGCCUUAAAGGAAGUGUGUGAAAAGUUUGAGUGCUCAGAAGAGGAGGUUCUCAGCUGCCUGUACAACAGAAAUCACCAGGACCCAUUGGCAGUUGCCUACCACCUCAUCAUAGACAACAGGAGAAUAAUGAAUGAAGCCAAAGACUUCUACUUGGCAACAAGCCCACCUGAUUCUUUCCUUGAUGAUCACCAUUUAACUCGGCCCCAUCCUGAAAGAGUGCCAUUCUUGGUUGCUGAAACACCACGGGCACGCCAUACCCUUGAUGAAUUAAACCCGCAGAAAUCCAAACACCAAGGUGUACGGAAAGCAAAGUGGCAUCUGGGAAUUAGAAGUCAAAGUCGACCAAAUGAUAUCAUGGCAGAAGUAUGUAGAGCAAUCAAGCAGUUGGAUUAUGAAUGGAAGGUUGUAAACCCCUAUUAUUUGCGCGUACGAAGGAAGAAUCCUGUGACAAGCACAUUUUCCAAAAUGAGUCUACAGCUAUACCAAGUGGAUAGCAGGACUUACUUAUUGGAUUUCCGUAGUAUUGAUGAUGAAAUUACAGAAGCCAAAUCAGGGACUGCUACUCCACAGAGAUCGGGAUCCAUCAGUAACUAUCGAUCUUGCCAAAGGAGCGACUCCGAUGCUGAGGCUCAAAGCAAGCCCUCAGAAGUUUCUCUUACCUCAUCUGUGACCUCCCUCGAUUCUUCUCCUGUUGACUUAGCUCCAAGACCAGGAAGUCACACAAUAGAAUUUUUUGAAAUGUGUGCAAAUCUAAUUAAAAUUCUUGCACAGUAAACCUAAAACUUUGCUUAUUUCUUUGAUGCAAUAAGCAUGCAUAAUAAGUAAUAGCCAAACACUUCCACUUACCAAGUUAUAUAUAUAUAAUUAUAACUAAGGAUUGGCCUUUUGGAAUGCAGUUUGCACAGGGAUUGGAAAAUGACUGAUGGUUAAAAGCCUCAUGUGCAGAAAUGAAUCAGGACCAUUUUCUUGUCCCUCAUCCAGUAGUACAUACAGCAUAAUGUACACAGUGGAUUGUAGGUCUCAGGCUCACUUGAGUUUUGGCCAUUUUAAUUUGGUGUAACAGGGCUUUGUUGACUAUAAAUUUACCAUAAAGCCUUCACAUAUUACUACAUGUUGAUGUGUUUUAUAUUUGCUUCAUGAAUUUACUGGGUGAGUUUGCCUAGAAUCCUCAUAGACCAUAUCAGGUGAUGCUGUUUUUCUGGGCUCCUGAGCUUCUGAAAUAGCUACUAUUUCCCACUUCUGGUAACAUUAUGCACUGUUUCCAUAUCCCUCUUAAAAUGCUUUUUUUUGUGUGUGUGUAUGUGUGUCUCAAUUUAAAAUUUUUCUUUGACUUGUAAGCCCCCAAACGCACAGGACACUGAGCCCUAAGUUUACUUUUGUGAUUUCCCCCUGAUGUUUUGUAUGUGAAGUGCUGCUUUGGAUCCAAGAGCCGAUUUGCUCAUCCUGUACUGAAUCAUGUUGUUCUUGUCAGUGCACAGACUCCUCUGGCUAUCAUGCCAACCAGUGUUGAAUGUCAUUUGAUUGUGUAUUUUUUAAAUCAAUCCAUUCAGUGUAUAGAAAGGACAUCUUUUAUAAGCUUUGAAUACUUGGAUUGGAUUUUUAAGCCCUGAUUUUAUUCUGAGAAUUUUUUUAAAAAGUUGAAAGAGGAUAGUGAUUGUAUGUGUAUCUACUGCUUAGCUCCAACAACUACUGUUUGGUCAUAUUUGCUCUCUAGACCCACACAUGUAUAAAAGCAUAGAUAUGCACAUAUAUUUGAGAUUAUGUUUGCUUUUAAACUGUUUCCAUGUUAAGAUACACAUACCAGCCCUAAAUACUUAUCUCCUAAAAAUAAUAACGUCUUUAAAAAAAAAUCUCUUUAAUUCAUUAUAAAAUCAGUAAUUUUCAGAUAGUGCCUGCUCUUCCAUAUUUAGCUCUAACUGUACAGAAUCCCAUUUUCCCCCCACUGCAUUCAUUUAAAAAAUCCCCCCUCCAAUCUGUUGAGCACUUAUGUAAGCAGAUGGGAAUUAAUUUGGAGGUUAUGAUAGCUUGCAAAAAGAUUACUCUAUAGUUCAUGCACUGAAUUCCGAACAAAAAUUAUGAUUCUUUUUGUUCAGGGCUUGUUUUAUUCAACUCUGAUUUGAAUGCUGUGUAAAGUAAUGGAGACUCCACUUAAAUGAGUUCCAAACUGUAUUUAUACCUUGUGUGUAUAUCCUCUGCUUGGGGUUUACUGACGUCAUUGUCUAAAUGUGGCACUGUGUUCCCGAUGUGAAGAACAGAAGGCUGCAUUUUUAAGUUACACAUUUGUAAAUAGAACUAAGUAGUAUCUCUAUAAACUGUUGGGGGGAAUGGGCACAAAAGGAGGAACCAAUUAAAUAGGACCUUCUAAAAGUUGUUAAUUUUGUAAACUUUGCUUCUUUUAUAAGUUAUUCUUGAUUCAUUUUAGUUACUGAGUUUUAUUUUGAAAAUAUUUAAAUAUUGCACUUGUAUAAAUAGUAUGAUAAAUGCAAACUAUUGCAGUCAAUUCUUUUUUUUAAAGCUAUCAUAUCUGAAAUGACAACUUUCAGUUAAGUUUGUCCAGCUUGCAACAGAAUUUUCACAAAUGUAGUUUGCAAAUUCUUAUACUGGAACUGUAAUGGGAGUCAAUGCAAAUGAUUUUUAAUCUUUUUUUUAUUAUCUUUUCAGCAAUUUAUAUUUUUUUGUGAUUUUAUGCAACCAUAUUUUUACUUUGUCUUGACAACUGAAAGCUGUAUAAGGUUUUUGCCAGAAAAGUACUGUAUACAUAGUUUUAAAUAUAACAGAUUUUGCUGAUAUUUAAAAAUUUUGCCAUUAAAAUUGAUUUCUCAUGAAAGGAACUUUUCUACCAAGUUGGGCCACAUGAGAGCUUAAUAUAUCUAAUUUAAAAUAAUUUUACUGAAAUAAACACCAUUGCUUUUACUUUGAUUAUAUUUUUUCUUAAGAUGCUUUUAUAGUGUUUUGGAGUUUUAGAUAAUUUUAUAUAAAUUCUCUCCCUGCCUUGCACCAUCCUUUGGAUCUUUGAUAUUCACAAAUGAACUAAUAAUGUGGCUGGGUAUGUAAGGUAUGUGUUCCAGUGGCAUCUUGGGAAUGAAAGAAAAACAUGUUGUCUAAAUCUUUCUUCUCCUUAACUACCCCCCCCCCCUUCACUGUGGGCUUUGACAAGAUGAAUGAAACUCCACAAUCUAACUGUAAGUUGGUUGUAGGCAAUCUUUGUGGGUUAUGUAAGUUUCCCCAGAGUACCUUGAUUUGGAAAGAUGGCAUAAUAAAGAAAAAAAAAUUCAUUUUUCACCGUUACAA